AUGGCCAGACAGUUUGGGUUAAAUGAAUUUGCUGCACGUAGUGUUCAAAAGAACAUCGUUUUAUCUCCAAACGUUAAGAGAACAGUCUUGAUCACCGGAUGCAGCGCUGGCGGUAUAGGGCACGCCUUAGCCAAAGAAUUUCAUUCUCGAGGGGAACGUGUCUUUGCCACAGCCCGAAACCUUGAAUCGAUGGUGGAAUUGGAGAGACUUGGGAUUACCGUACUGAAAUUGGACGUCACGAAAAUCGAAAGCAUACGCGAUGCUCGCGAUAAACUCAGCGUGAUGACUGGAGGAAAACUCGAUAUUCUGGUUAAUAAUGCUAUAAUGGCUGUAAGCGACAUGGACAUGAAUGCCGCUCGAAAUCUCUUCGAAGUAAAUCUUUAUGGCGCUAUAGCUAUGGUUCAAGAAUUUGUUCAACUUCUCAUCACGUCUGGGAAUGGACGCGUCGCUCACGUAGGCAGCAUCGCUGGUAUCUUCCCCCUUCCCUUCAGCGCGUCAUAUAAUGGAUCCAAAGCCGCGGUGCAUGCACUAAGCAACACGCUACGCGUAGAGCUGGCGCCGUUCAAUAUAAAAGUGGUCAAUCUACUUACUGGUGGUGUCACAAGCAACAUCUCAAGACCACUUUUCUUGCCGGAGAAUUCAUUAUACAGGCCGAUUGAACAGAUUCUCCUUCAGAAACGUGUCGGUAUAUCGCAAGUCACAGCCAUGCCGACUGCACAGUAUGCUCGUCGAGUAGCAACUGAGCUUUUACACUCUAAACCUCGAGCAUGGUUUUGGCUUGGUGAUAAGUCUUCCUUGUGCUGGAUCUUCGAUACGUUCUUGUGGAAAACUAGCCUGGUGAGUUUGCUUACCCGGGCUGCGUUAUAUCUCACUCUACUCAUUCUUUCUGCAUACUUACUUAGGAUGGGAUAUUCAUCAAAUCAUUUGGAUUAUCAGAACUUGCAGGUUACCUUAGAGGUAGAAAGUUGA